AUGUCGUAUUUAGUUGUAACGAUUCCAUCUUUGAAUCUUUUCCAGGGCCUUGGUGCUUAUAGUAUCAGCAAGACAGCUCUGCUGGGUUUGACGAAGGUCUUAGCAAUUGAAUGUGCUCAGAUGGGUGUGAGAGUUAACUGUGUUGCUCCUGGGAUUAUAAAAACAAGAUUUAGUGAAGCGGUCAGUGGAAGUUUUAAUUAUUUUGUUAUUGUACUACCGAAUAAGAUUAUCAUUCGAGUUAUUUUCCGAAGUUGGAUUGGAAAGUUUAGGGAUCAUCAUGAUUACAUUUUCGUCUCUAGAACCACUCGACCAAAAGAAACGACAGGCUGUAGCGGGGGCGAGCUUGGGAUCAUUACGUCAGCUGCAGUUACCUGGCUAUGAACAAUGGUCUGCUCGUGCGCAGACGAUGCUUUGCUUGUGUGCAGUGUGGUCUCUGUCUUCGUUGGAUUCCCCUUAAAAAAAAACAUUUAUUGUACUCAUUUUAUGUCUUCUUAUUGGCUAAGAUUUUGAAAAUCAGUGAAACCAGCAGAUUGAGAUUAAUUAGUUAUCUGCUAGCAGAUUAGUGACUAAAUUGAAGGUUGCGCGCGCAAUGCUUGAUUUCCAGUGUCAAACUGUGUUCCAUGUGAUACUGUGUUGGUCGUUAUUUUCUUCAAAACAAUGUGUAAUAAAACAGUUAUUGGACUCAGUUUUUGUGUUAUGUGAAAUAAUCAAGGCCCGUGGUAAGUGUUAUGAGCCUCGGCCUUCGGCUUGGCUGGUAAUGCUUACCCAGACCUUAUUAGUGCGGAUAUCACAGAAACUUCAUCCAAUAAUUGUUUAUUAAAUUUUUUAAUUGUGAAUUAUAAAAACAGUGAUAACAUGUACAACUCCAGUUUGUGUUCUUUCGUUAUAAUGUAAUAGCUAAUUCAGGAUAUUUCUAAUUAAUUCCAGAUUUGGAAAAAUGAAGCAUUAAUGAAAAAUACGCUUAAUCAAAUUCCCAUUUCAAGGUAAGCGAUCGGUGACAAAGGAAACUUUAGUUCUUUUUUUUUCUACAUUUCCCGGCUUAGAUUACGUUAAGCCAUGAUCAGACUUUCUAGUGUCCUAAGAUAAGGACGAAGAAACAUCUUGAAACGGUCUAAAAGUACUUCCACUGAGUCUGUCCCGAUGUAACCUGUUUGAGGCUCCACUCGUUUCAAGAGUAAGAACUAGGCGAAAUAAUAGCUAAAAACAUGGCAAGAACAGUCAGAAGACAACUCGAAGGGCGACAUCUGCUAUUUAGAAAAUAUUUGCGGAGCUGAACAACCCUAAACGUGCACUAUCGAAGAUGAACUUAACAUCGAUGGAGGUAAGCUUGUUUUAGCUAUGUUUUUAAACUAGGAAUUAUUUUGAAUGAAGAAUAGAACAAUUAUUGAAUUCGGCUUUCGUAUCAUAUGAAGAAUUAUGGACAUCUCGGAGGAUGUUUACCACUUCGGCCUUCGGCCUCGACGGGUAACACCCUCCUCGAUCUCCAUAAUUCUUCAUAAGAUACUCAGCCUCAUUUAUUAAUUGUUAAAUAUUAAUAGGUCGCCAUCAUACAAGAGAUCUAUACCAAGCUAUCACUACGCGACGUCUCGCGACGUCCCUAUAGUAGGGACGUCGCGAGAACAACGUCAGCGAAAAUAGGAAGCGCGGGAACUGGGCACAGAGUUUUCACGAUCACUUCAUUGGAGCACCAAACAGACUACACUAAGACAGAUUCAGUGGAAGUACUUUUAGACCGUUUUAAGAUGAUUAAUAGGCCGCCAUUGUGAAAGAAGUCUAUAGACUAACCCUGUGGGACAAAAAGAACCACUAAGGGAAGAAAUAUGUCAAAAAACUCGGGCCUCGUGCUUCAUCACGAGUUCCAAACACCUCGAAACAUUUCUUCUCAAAUGAAACAAUAAGAAGUUAUGCAGUAAAUUUGCAUUGUUUCCAUGAGUUGUGUCAAUCAAUGAAACAUCUCAUCAAAAUGCAAGUGGUGAUGUUUUAUGAAACCUGGUGGUGUUUCAUCUGAUGUUUCAUUAGCCAUCAAGAUUCAUCCACCUGACCCAAAUAGUCGUCAUAAUGAUUUAAUGGCUUUUGACGGCAUGAAUAAUUAAUUAAUUAUGUUUUCUUUUUUGGAACGGAGGAAGAAAAUUUUUUUUUUCUUUUUUUGAACGGAGGAAAAAAAUUUCCGUCUUCAAAAGUUUGCGGAUACGUAUGGACAGGGCCUAAAUAUAACUUAGGGAUAACCUCUUGAUCCUGAUUAUAGAAGUUGUGAGGGAAUAGUUUGAGUCAUUACAUUAACAUGAAAGUGAUCGUUGGAGAGGAAAGAAAAAAAGGACAAAUGCCCGGGAAGAGGGAUGGGCACACUUUGAAUUGACGUAGCCGCCAUCACCUCAUAUGUUUAUCAUAUGUUCAUGUUGCAGUUUAUUUAACCGAUGGCUUGUUUGCAUGGGUUCAGGGAGUGUUACUUUUUGACUAAACGCAGAAGAAAGACCGUUGCCUCCAUAAAUCUUGUUUGUUUUCAGGUUAGGUGUGGCGGAUGAUAUCGGUGGAGCAGUUUCUUUUCUUUCCUCUGAUCAGGCAUCUUACAUCCCAGGAGAAACUUUAGUGAUAGCUGGUGGACUACAAUCAAGACUUUAA